CGCACUACCAAGGUCAGCAUUCCCGUCGGCAACGUCGAGGCCACCGCGACCUAUUUCGUACGUGCCUCGCACAAUCGUUGCCACUUUGGGUUUCCCCGCCGUUUGUGUAGUUGGUCCCACAUCGUUGUGCAGCCGGGUGAACUUUCUCGCUCGCGACCAUGGGCACCCGGUCCUCAUUAAUGCUCCAAGAGGAGGAAAUCCAGGAGAUCCAGCAGGAGACUGGCUUUUCGCCAAACCAGAUCGAGCGGCUGUACAGCAGAUUUACCAGCCUGGACAAGACUGACAACGGUACACUUAGCCGCGAAGAUUUCCUACGAAUCCCAGAGCUAGCCAUCAAUCCACUGGGCGACCGCAUUGUCCACGCCUUCUUCAUGGAUGCCUACGACGACCGCAUCAAUUUCCGCCAGUUCGUCCGGGUGCUGUCACGUUUUCGACCCCUGAAGAAGAACAAGGAGAACAAACUGAACAGCCGCGAAGAAAAGCUGCACUUUGCCUUCAAGAUGUACGACCUCGACGACGACAACAAAAUCUCCAGGGAUGAGCUCUUGGCUGUGCUGCACAUGAUGGUUGGUGCAAACAUCUCCGAUGAACAGCUGGCAAGCAUUGCAGACAGGACCAUAAUGGAAGCCGACAAGGACGGCGACAACAUGAUCUCGUUUGAAGAGUUUUGUGCCACGCUGGACAAGACGGACGUGGAAGAGAAGAUGAGCAUCCGGUUCCUGAACUAGGGCUGUGCCUGCAGGCAGCCUCGCACCCACCUGCCCAGUUCCUUCACCAUUUAAGUUAUAGCCGCCUCCAUAGACCUGUUGUUUCUUGUUGCUGUUGUUUCAUUGUCGUGAGACUUUUACAGAGCCUUCUAUGUGCUGGCAAUCAUUCCAGUAUCGCUUUUACAUGUACCGCUGAGAGAUCAAAUAUGUUUCUUAUGUACACCAAA